AUGGCGGCAUCGUGGGCAACGGCGAAGGUCGCGGACGCGGCGGGGGGCAGGGAGGCGGGCGUGAGACUGGAGAGUGGCCCGAGCCGACGCUGCCACGAACUCGGGCGAGCUGAUGGGCGAGCGCAGGGCGAUGAAUCCCCGCUGGCCCGGCGGCAGGUCGCCGCGCCAGACGUCGGGUCCGAGUUCCGCGAUCCCUGGCGGCGCGCACCCGCCAGCACCGCUGUAUACCCGCGUCUUUCCGAGGUUGGAGGCAACCCCGGCCAGGCGUUCAACAUUGGUGGUCACCAGGUCAAAGGCUGCACGGGCGCGAGCCGGCUGGGUGACGAUGUACAAGUCAUCCAGGUAGGCCGCGAGGACAUCGCCUGGGGCCAAGUGGGCAGCGGAGGCUUCCAGUGCGGCGCGUUGCCCGAGGGAAAAGAGGGCCGGCGCAAGCGCGUCUCCUUGUUCACAGCCUUCGGCUUGGCGGAUGUGGUGGCACGCGCCAGAGUCAUCCCACCAAAGUGCUGGUGCGUGCAUAGAAGGAAGGCGGAGCGGGAGAUCGAGAGAAAUGAUGACGGCCGAGGGGUCGAGCUCAGAGGCAACUCGCAAGGUGGAGGCGGGGCAGUCGGUGCCGGCUCGGGUUUGGAGCGCGAAUUGGAAGGGCCGGGUAGCGGCGUCGAAAACCGCGGCAUGGAGGCGUGCGAGAGUGCGCGAGACAAGGCGGCGCAGCACAUCCCCUGUGGCGAUGCCGUGGACCCCGCCGUUGGGCUUCGCGAGCGGUGCCUCAUCGUCAAGAAGGACUUUGUAGUGCCCGGCGGUGGCGCCAGAGAGGCCUGCGGCCGAGCCGCGCUUGCUGGUGCGGAGGGCGUCGGCGAGGUCGACGCUCGGGAGCAAAUACUGCGAGCUGCAUCAAAGAAGAAAAGUCAUUGCAAAAACGUGUCGCCCUCUGUUCACCCCGUCUUCGCUGUGAUGGAUGCCAAUUUGAAAUGA